GAGUGGCUGUCGCCCCUCCAGUACCAGACCCCCCCGCCUCCCCCCGGGCCCCGACAGCAGGACUAGGGUCUCCCAGGCGCGGAACUGGCUCGUCUCGGGUGGAUACUUUCGAGCCAAGCUCUUUCAAACUCAGGACGGAAGCCAAAGAAAGAUCCUCCCUAACCCCAGCUGACUUCCUACCCAGGCAUUUUCUCUACGCCAGGCAGUGUCGGGGUUGUGUCGGCUAGGCACCACACACACCACCGCCACCUCUCCUGCCAGGGACUAGAGAGUUCUACUGUCUUACUUUGCAUUAGUCUGCCUUCCCAGUCAAGAACAAGUUUCUUUUCUCUCUGUUGGAAAUCUUGUCCCAGAGGUCCAAAGCACAUAUCCUGUGUGUUCCCUAGCUUCUGGAGCUCUGUUAGAAAUAUUGCUGAACUUAACAGAUCUGCGAAUCUUUAAUUCUUCAGUCAGCUUUUUUCCACUCUUUUCCCCUGCUCCUCUCUACACUUUUAACUGACACUCCAUGUCCAGGGCUUUAUCCAUUUCAGCCACCAGCUCCUUGCCGAUCUCUAUGUGACUUCCCCCGCUCAUCUGAGUUCCAGUUUCCUCUGGGCUUUCUUCUCCAGCUCCCAGCGGGUCUGGUCAGUUCCACCCCUGGGUGGGAGUGACCAGGGGGGCUCUGGCCCAGGAUUUCCCACCCUGGAAGGCGGCUCCAAGGCAGCAAGAGAAUUGGGCGUUGGGUACGAACCUGGCAGCUCAGGAGUGGGUGCUCCACUAACCCCACACAAAAAGAUGAAAAAACGCAAAGAGCUCAAUGCAUUGAUCGGUUUGGCUGGAGACAGCAGGAGAAAGAAGCCCAAGAAAGGCUCCAGCAGCCACCGCCUUCUUCGCACUGAGCCUCCUGACUCAGACUCCGAGUCCACCUCAGAGGAGGAAGAGGAAUUUGAUGGAGUUGGAAAUCGCUCUCGCUUUGUCAAGGGAGACUACUUACGAUGCUGCAAGAUCUGUUAUCCCCUCUGUGCUUUUAUAAUCCUCGCAGCCUGUGUUGUGGCCUGUGUUGGCUUGGUAUGGAUGCAAAUUGCUCUCAAGGAGGAUCUGGAUGCCCUCAAGGAAAAAUUUAGAACAAUGGAAUCUAAUCAGAAAAGCUCAUUCCAGGAAAUCCCCAAACUUAAUGAAGAACUUCUCAGCAAACAAAAGCAACUAGAGAAGAUUGAAUCAGGAGACCUGGGCUUAAACAAAGUCUGGAUGAAUAUCACUGAAAUGAAUAAGCAGAUUUUUCUGUUGACUUCUGCAGUAAACCACCUCAAAGCCAAUGUUAAGUCAGCUGCAGACCUAAUUAGCCUGCCUAACACUGUAGAGGGACUUCAGAAGAGUGUAGCUUCCAUUGGCAAUACUUUAAACAGUGUGCAUCUUGCUGUGGAGACAAUACAGAAAACUGUGGAUGAACACAAAAAAACCAUGGAAUUACUGCAGAGUGAUAUGAAUCAGCACUUCUUGAAGGAGACCAAUGGAAGCAACCAGAUCAUUCCAACACCUUCAGCUACAUCAGACCUUAACAAUAAAACCCACAGUGAGAAUUUUAAACAGGAUAUCCUGUACCUUCAUAACUCUUUAGAGGAGGUAAAUAGUGUCCUAAUGGUGUACCAGAGACAAAAUGAUCUUAAACUCAAGGGAAUGAAUGAAACACUCAGUAAUGUUACCCAAAGAGUCAACCUGAUAGAAAGUGAUAUGGUUGCUCUAAGCAACAUAGAAAAGAGAGCAAAUCUGACCUCCAGCAUGAUGGGUGAUAGAGCUGCCACUCUGAAACAGGAAUCUUUGGAUCAAAUAACCAACAGAACUAAUAUAAAAACCCAAAUCAUAAAGAAAGAAGAUAGUUCGAAUUCUCAGGUAUCCAAGCUACGAGAGAAGCUGCAGCUGAUCAGUGCUCUCACAAACAAACCUGAGAGUAACAGGCCUCCAGAGACUGCAGAUGAAGAGCAAGUUCAGAGUUUCACAUCAAAGCCAUCAUCCUUGCCAAAAUUUUCACAAUUUCUUGGAGACCAAAUUGAGAAAGCUGCCCAAUUCAGACCUAUCUCCCUACCAGGAAUUUCUAGCAUUGCAGAUCUUCAGGAUUUAUUCCAUAAGACUGGCCAGGACGUGGAUGGGAAGCUGACCUACCAGGAAAUUUUGAACUCCCUAGGUUCUGCCAUACCCGAACCAGAGAAUUUGAGAGCAUUUGAUUCCAAUGGAGAUGGAAGAUACUCGUUCCUAGAGCUAAGAGUAGCUUUAGGUGUCUAACUGUAUCAGGCAUAUUUUAGAAAUAGAUAUAUACAUACUGUGGACAACUUAAAAUCUACUUGCUAACAAAAACUUACCCAUCAGCCCUCACUCUUUCAAACUACUGUAGCAGACAUUGCCACCUUUUAACUUGUUUGAAAAAGCUAUAUAAAAAGUUAUUUUUUUAAAAAAAAAGAAAAACAUUUUACAUAUAAUACAGUGUUCGAUUUCCUGAAGCUAGAAUGAUCUUACAUUUUAAAAUUGUUAGGAAAAAAAAUAAAGCCCUUUUUUUCUUUUCUUUUCUUUUUCUUUUUUUUUUUUUUUUUUUUUGAGGGAAGGAGACCUUAUCUUUUAAAACUGGAAAAUGUGUAUAUAGAGAGAAUAAGCCACCUUUAUAUUUCAUAUAAAUUUGCCUUAAAUUAGCUGCACUUUAUAGAGAUUCAGAAAAUGUCUUUUCUUUAAAAGAUAAGCCUUUUCUGUUUGUAAAUAUUUAAAAUGAAUGAAAGAUUAUGCAUAUUGUGUGGAAAGUAGGGAAAAUGGUUUUGAACGGGAUGUGAAAAAUGACUUGUUAUUAAAAAUCACUAUUCUGAUCUGGUAGCUACUGAAACUGUUCACAUCUCCUUACAGCAAUCCUCAAAAGCCCUGGUGCUGCCGUGGGGUUUGGCAUAAAGGGUAAGGGCAUGGAUGCUGUAGGGAUAGUGCCAGCCCCAGGCUUAGUAGAGUUGUGGGGAUUUUUGUUUUAAAUUCUCCUUCAGGGUUUAUGAACAUAAAACCUUAUCCAGUGAGGAGCUAUAGCCCCCCUUCCCAAGCAAGCUAAAUGAUCUUCUCCUAGCCACCCUACGCUCAAGUCUAUCUUAAUGCUAUAAUUGGAGCCAGGUAUGGUGGCACACACCUGCAAUCCCCUCACUUGGGAGGCUGAAGCAGGAUUAUCAUGAGUUGAGACCAGUCUGACAUAGUAAGAGCCUGUCUUUAAAAACAAACAAGCAGAAUAAGUUAUAUUUGGCUCCUUACUUCAGUACUGUCUCCAUUCUGAAUGGCAGUCACUGUCUUAGACCGACCACCCAAAGCGUUAGAGGGAAGCUGUGCUUCUGAUUUUGACCCAGAAAACCAUACCCUUUGGGAUUUUAUAAAAGAAUCUGAUAUAUUGCUUGGUGGGAUAACUAAGGCCAAAGAGAUAAAAUAAACCUGAAAUCAUAUUCAAGUUUCCUUAUAAUUUUCAGGUCUAUCACAGGCAGGCCUGGAGCAAGAGCCUUCACAUGAUGGUAACAAAUUUUUUUUCAAAUCUAAUACAAGCAAGUACAAUAUUUUUCCCUUUAAAUAUUUGUGUAAACCUGACACAAAAGGCCCCUGGACUGGAAGGAGUAAUACCUCCAUAUCACCUUAGGUUGACUUGGACUUGCUGUGUUGUUCCUAGAAGCAGUCUGAGCAACACAAAAGAAAAUCUUUACAGAACUUAACACUGAUAUAGAUAAGUCAGGGAGAAACUAGAGAGGCUCUCAGACUUCUUUAGUAAAGAUCAUUUCCAUUUAAUUUUGUCCAAGUUGCCCUGUCAUCCAUGGAUGUAGUCCAGUACCCUUAAACAUUUAAAUCCCAUUUUUUUCUUUACUUACAUUACAUUCAGUUGAUGUUGGCUAACCUUAAAUUCUUUCUAGAAGUCUUAAAAUUUAGUUAAAGCAAGACCAAGUUUUUUCUGCUUAUCUCAUUUUGGCUUAUAUUUCUCUUUUUAAACUUUUUUCCUUAACAUUUUCCUUGCCUAUUUCACUUUCUUGGAAGAAUUAAAUUAUAAUUUUAAAUUAGUCUGGCACUUUUGUAACUUGAAGAUAACUUGCUCUUCUGGCUGCCUUCCAUGCACCCCUUUCUUUUUUAAUAUAUACACCCUUACAGUUUUGUAACAACCAAUAAAAUUCUAGCAAUAAAUUGACUUAUACUGCUAUAUUUGUAUAUAUUGUACCAUAAAUAGUAUGCCUGUACCUGGAAGGUAUUUUUUUGAAAACUGAUUUAUAUGAAAUAUACUUGAGGGUAAUGUAGCUUGUCCUUUUUAGUUUCAAGUUCUUAUUCAAGGCAGAUACUUUCAGGACACCUUAACUCUUUGUGGUAUGUACUUUUCUUUUGCAUCCAGUAACUAUCCAUAAAAGUUUUGUGCGGUUCUUUGGUUUUUGUGUUUUACUUUCUCUUCUAAAAUCCCACCUCAAGCCUGUCUCCCAGCAUCACCACAGAGCCAUGUGUGAUGCCAUUCCCACCCCACCAAGUCUUCCGUAGACAUCCAUGCUGCACUCAGGCCUUUGUCGUCCUGCCUGAGAA